AUGGAGGAGUCUGCUGCCGGUGCCGAUGAGGUGGAGAUGGUGACGUGUCACUGCUGCGGGUUGGAGGAGGAGUGCACGCCGGGAUAUAUAGCGCGGGAAAGGGAGAAGCACCAUGGCCGUUGGAUCUGCGGGCUUUGCUCGACGGCGAUCGAGGACGACAGGAUGAAGUUGCAGAGGAAGAUCACCGCCGACGAGGCCAUCAGGCGCCACGUCAAGUUUUACGAGAACUUUCGGUCGACGUCUCCGAGGAGGAGUGUGGAUUCUUCCGCGGCGGAGGAGGAGGAGAAGGACUUGUUGAUCUCGAAGGUGAUGCAGCUCCUGCGGCGGACUUUGGACUCGCCGAGGAGGACCGGGACGGGUUCCGGUCGCGGGGCGUUUGAUCACCGUCUUUUGAGGUCGAAGAGCUGCUUUGCGACUAUAGGAGAGAAGGGUCUAGACUGA